AGCAAAAGAAGUGAUGAAAUCUAACUGAGGAUAUAGUAAUACCAUUGAUUUGGGACAGUUAUACGCAAAUGUGUCGGACACCAUACUACAUCUUAUUUUGUUGUAACUAACAAAGUGCAUUGCCAUUACCAGCUGUAUAAAGGUCAAAUUCAGUUAAUUAUCAUUGUCUCUACACAAAGAAGUGUUGUCAUGAAGACAUAAAAUGUAAAAGAUGAGCAGUUUUCACAUCAUAUUAUCCUGAAUAUUUAUUUUACGGAGAAGUGAUUUUCACUGUUCACAAUUGUAUUCAUUUAUUGAUAUCAUCGUAUAUUGGCUCAUAUCUACUGACCACAAAGUCCGCCCAGCUCUUUGAUGCAACAUUAUCAUUAUUAUUAUUAUGGAUACACACUUUUUUUCUGGACUUACAAAAUUUAAAUUGGAUGCUGGGAAAUUUCGUCGGGAUGAUGAUUUUUCCGAUAGAUUUAGUCAUACAUUUACUUCAUUAUUACUGAUUAUUUUCACGUUAAUCAUAUCGGCUCGACAGUAUAUUGGCAAACCAAUAGCCUGUUGGGUACCGACAGAGUUUACUCGUGCUCAAGAAGAAUACGCUGAGUCAGUAUGUUGGGUAACCAGCACAUACUUCAUACCAACUCAGGAUAUAAAUGUACCAGAAAAUAUAUCAGAUCGUGAAAAUAGAAAAAUACACUAUUAUCAAUGGGUUCCAUUCAUUUUAAUGUUACAGGCAUUCCUAUUUAACCUUCCAUGUUUGAUAUGGAGAUUAUUUAAUUGGCAAUCUGGAAUUCAUUUAUCCAGCAUCAUGGAAGUCGCCUGUGAAAUUGAAAUGAUCAAAGAUCCUGAAACCCGCAGAUCUAAUAUAACCUACGUUGCUAGGCAUAUAGAAGAUGCAUUAACUUCACAACGUGAAUAUCGGUCGGGAUGUGGCGUUCGCUUAAAACAUUGCCUAGCUAGGAAUUGUUGCCUGUGGUUCGGGAAGCGCUAUGGAAAUUAUCUAAUUUGUUUAUAUCUUAUUACGAAAUCGUUUUACAUAUUCAAUGUUGUCGGACAGUUUAUUUUGAUGAACAAAAUUUUAGGCACAAAUUAUACCUUUUAUGGUUUGGAUUUACUGCGUGAUAUAAGUGAAGGUUAUGUCUGGCAAGAAUCUGGCAAUUUUCCACGCAUCACACUGUGUGAUUUUGAGGUGCGUAAAGUUGCCAAUAAGCAUAGACAUACAGUUCAAUGUGUGCUACCCAUCAACAUGUUCAACGAAAAAAUCUUCAUAUUCCUGUGGUUUUGGUUUAUAUUAGUGGCUGCUAUCAAUACUAGUAGUUUCCUCUAUUGGUCGUACAAAUCUAGUUUUCGAGGAACAAGAAUACAAUUCAUCAGAAAAUUUUUGAAAUUACGUGGUGUACUGGAACCUGGUGAUAAGAAAAAAACAUUAUCAUUUGUUGAUUCAUAUUUAAGGCAAGAUGGUGUGUUCAUUUUACGGCUAACAGCUCAAAAUGCAGGUGAAUUGGUUGCUUCCGAAAUUGUUGAAAGGCUGUGGAACAUGUAUAGAGCGCAUCAAAAUGUUACUACAACUUCUACUUCUCAAGCAGUUUCUCACUCAUUUAUACAACAGACACAACCACCACAACAUCAGAAAACACACCGUUCCUCACAUCACCAACAUCACCUACGUUCCAGAGCAGUUUCUAGUAACCUCCAUCGUGCCAGUCGAUCUCUCACACCAGUAAGCCCCUCAGAAUCCUCAGAAACUAGACGAAAACAGCCUCCAGACUAUCCCUCAUAUCACUUAAGACCUCCACCUGCGAGUCCAGAUGGUAUUAAACUUCCACCUCCCCUCCCACCACUGUUACGGCCAUCUGCUCCACCACCUCUUCCUCCCCCUCCAGGGACUACAAUUAGCGGCAGUUCAGAUGGCAAAAGUAGCUCCAUAACAAGUCGUAGUCAAGGAUCUACAGUUUCAGAACACACUGACCAGUUUGUUAGAAUGAGACCAGCGAUAUCUGGUAGCAUAGGAUUUGAGAAGUUGAAACCCACUGCAAGCCAUCCUUCAGAUUCCAAGAUGAGUCCAGAUAUACGCAAGAAGUCGUUCAUUAUGGACGGCAGCUCUAUUUUGAGUCAUGCAACUUCAAGAACAAGCAACACUACUCAACAACAACAAGAAAAUACUGAAAUAUCAAAUAUCAGAAAUCGUACUGAGGAAGAUCCAGGAGAGUUUGUUUAACUUUUUACAAUUGCAGGUGGCUCAAGUGAAGACAGUUAACUUCAAAAUUUAGGUAUUUUUUGCUAUCUGUGAUCUAUGCAUAGAAGCGUUGAACACUAUUCUUCUUAAAAUCGACAUCUUAUAGUAGCCUAAAAUAUUCUGCAUUUAAAUUCGAUUGGUGUUUUUUAAAAGGAUUUACAUAAACUGGGUACUUGUUUUUUCUACUUCAUCUCCGUUUCUGUUCAAAGCGCCAUUUUGAAACCUUCUCACUCUUAUGUUUACAUUUGUCUUUUAGUGUUUAGAUUUUUUAUCUAAUACAUGACGGGUAGUCACACAUCUUCACGAACUGAACACAGAGAAAUGAAUGAGAUAACAUAUAUUGAAACGACAUUCCAACUGUACAAAUGCAUCAUUUUAGAUACUAAUGCCUUUCUAGAUUUAUGCUCUUUUUAAAUGUUCUAACCUGUUAUGCCUUGCUUGAUGCAGUAUUCUACAAGUUUUAUAUAUGCCAUAUAUACAAGUAAAACUUUAAACUCUGCAUAGUAAAUUUUUUAUUACUUAUUCCUGACUUUUAAGUACUAUUUAAAGAGACGAACUAUUUAGUUAGAUUCACUUGCUAUGGAGUUUUGUAUUCUUCAUUUCAAAUUCAGUGAGAUCCAGACGCUGGACAGUGCUUUAGCGCAGGAUUUGAAUAUUCAGAUUGAAUUAUCCACUGAGCUACAGUUUCCCUCGACUAGUGUUUCAACUUCAAACUAGACAUCAUCAGAGCAUCAAUGCUUCGCUAGAGAAAGAAUAACAAAACCUGUACACAACUAUGCACGAAAAGAUUUUCCAUGAGAAAAGUACAGCGUCAAAAUUCUUAUUUGACAGUCAUUAUGUACUACUAUUUGUGUGAUCCUUUCUAUGAAUCGACAGAUUUAUUUGUACAUAAGUCAACCAUACUAUCUUUUUCAAGAUAAAGAAGAUGAAAAUAUGCAAAAUUUGUAGUGUAUAUCUAAAAGAUUCUCUUUUGUGUUUUAAUUUGUAAUGCU